AUGUCUCCUCCACGGCUCAGAUCAACACUCCAACGACGGCAGCGAUCAUCUGGGUGCGAAGGAAAAACGAUCUCCUCUUCGAAUGGGAACGAAGAAGCGGCCAUCACAAGGCCGACUAUCCGAAGACACAAGCGACUGAAGGCGGAGGUGUUGUUGAAAGAAGAAAAGAAUGAAGUUGCGGUUGAUAAAGAACUCGGAACGACUUUGCAUGUUUCAGAGAGAGCCACAGCCAGACUGCCGCAGAAGCACCACGAUCAAACAGUCCCCACUCCUCAAUUUAUCUCGUUCGACAGCACCGCAGAGCUGAUGAUUCACCUCAGCACCCGAAUCAUUGACCUCAUGAACGACCGCAAUUACACAUCUCCGUUCUUGAGCUGUUUGGCUCCGGACAUCGAAUCACCUGGCAGCUGCGGCAGGUCAAAUGUAAUUCAAGGCUUUAAAAAGAUUGCCGAGGCGUUACCGAACCACCGCAACAAGGUUCAAAAUGUGACAUGCACUGUGGAUGAAGACACUGGCACAGCCAAAGUCGUCAUGACAAUGAGGGUCUCGGGGUUUGUGUACGAGACAAUAAGACAGAGCUCAAGCCUGUUCACGUGGGUGCGGGAGACAGAUGGAGCUGUGCAAAGUACUGUGUUGUGA